AUGGCUUCUAACAAGGACUUGGUAUUUCGUAAGGCUGAGAAAAAGGAUUUAAAAGCUGUAUUGGAAAUGAUACAGGAAUUGGCUGAUUUUGAAAAAAUGAGCGAUGGUCCUGAAUUAACAGAAGAAGAUCUUUCAAGAGACUCUGGCCUGGACGGGGGACAAGAACAUUGUCAUAUUUAUGUAUUGGAUUUGAAUGAAAGCGAUAAAGUUACCACUAUUGGUUAUGCCAUUUGCUUCUUUGCAUAUUCCACAUGGAAAGGUAAAUUCUACUUUUUGGAAGAUAUCUAUGUGAAGCCAGCAUAUCGUGGCAUUGGAGCGGGAGCGCGCAUUUUCCGUGAGGUUGCAGCCAAGGCCAAAGAAUACAAAUGUAAACGUGUCGAUUUUCAUGUUUUGUCAUGGAAUCCUGCCUCGAAAUUCUAUCAAAAAUUGGGUGCCAUCGAUUUAACAGAAGUCGAACAAUGGCAUAUGUAUCGUUUGCACGAAGAACAAUUGGAUACAUUAUCCAAGGAAUUAAAACAAUAA